GUACUUAUCUUUGCGAAGCUGCGCACACUCGGAAGUAAUAUAGCACGAUGUCUGUUGGCGUGGGGCGUGAAAAAGAUCACUUUUGUCGAUAAUUCCUUUGUAAGCUACAGUAACCCAGUAAGGCAGUCACUUUCGGAGUUUACUGAUGCCCGAGAAGCUCGCGGUAAGGCCGAAACGGCAGCAGCUGCUCUGCUGCGGAUCUAUCCAAGUGUCGAGGCUGAGGCGGUUCUUCUCACGGUGCCAAUGCCCGGUCACACGGUUGCUCCCAGUGAAGAGGCUGACCUAGUGAGAGAUGUGGAGGCCAUAGAAAAAUUGGUUUCCACCCACGAUGUCGUUUUCCUUGCUCUUGACAGUCGAGAAGCCAGAUGGCUACCCACAGUGCUGGCCAGUAAGCAUGGCAAGAUAGCGUUCAGCGUUGCUCUUGGAUUCGAUAAUUAUGUUGUGAUUCGUCACGGCGUGAAGAGCGGCGAUACAGCGGAGGUGCCGUCUUCUUCAGAUAUUACGUCAGUUCGAGAAGGUACUGUUAUACCGUACUCGGAGUUGGCUUGUUAUUUCUGCAGCGACGUGACCGCGCCUGGGAACUCGUCCACUGAUCGAACACUUGAUCAACAGUGCACAGUCAGUCGCGCAGGGCUCUCAAUGAUAGCGUCAGGUGUUGCCGUGGAACUUCUGUCCUCCGUGCUUCAGUACCCAGAUCCACUGCGCGCUCCGGCCAACAUUGGCGAACCGGACGAUUCGUCGUCGUUGUUGGGUGCAACACCACAUCAAGUUCGUGGAUAUCUAUCACGAUUCAGCCAGAUGACCCCAUGCGUACGGCGAUUCGAGAAGUGUGUCGCUUGUGGUAGUACGGUGGCUGAGGAGUACCUGAGCCGAGGGAGCAGAUUUUGUGAAAGAGGUGAUGAACUGUCCGUCGUAUCUAGAAAAGCUGACGGGACUGGAUCAGCUCCAAGCCUCUAUAAACGACGUACAUAUCGAAUUCAGUGA